CCUCAGAGCAGUGUUGUGUGACUGAUGAUGUCUGGUGUGGAUCUCAGGCAUCCUAGGAAGAAAAUAAAAAACGUUCCUAUUACUUCAGUAAAACUCAGGGAGAGCAAGUGGACUUCUCAUGUACAUUUAAUUCAAAGUAAAUAAGGCUUUCCUUUUUGAAAAUAGGCACCUAAAUAUUCAUGUGGUCAUAGUAAGCUUUAAAAAUGAUCAUCAACACAGCCCCUGUCAUCCACUGUAGUUGAGUACUGCUGGAGAUACAGCAUCUUAUUGAAUUUUAAAUCCCCCCCCCUUAUAUCACCUAGCGUGUAGCCUACAUCUUUUUAAUCCUCUUUCUAUUUAUGUCAUUUUAUAGAAAGUGAUCUUAACAAAACGUGGCUGGCAAGAUGUCAGCAUUAAAGCAUCAGCAUAUGAGAGGAAGCAGAUUGAGGGAAACGGGAACGGAACGCACUCCCUUGUUUUCUUUUUUUUUCAUGUGGUGUCCCUUGCUAAAUCCUCCGUGUGGAAACCACAUCCUCCGCCGCGUUUUACACCCGCUCGCUGUCAUUCGUCCAAGGCGAGCCAGCCGGUGUGAUCGUGGCACUGGCGGAGUGGAGGAGCGAGAGCCGCAUGUAAAUGAACACCUCCACCUUCGUGUUGCUGUCACCUGAGGAUCCACCGGGACAAAUUGACUGUCCCGUCCUCCUCCUCGGCGAGCUGACCUUUAAGGUUUUGUGCGCAGAUAAAAAGGUUAAACUGCACUACUUUGGACUGAACGCUGGCCGCUAAUCGCUGCCGUGUGGCGCCGCCGUCUCUCGCUACAACACGAAGAGUGCCCCUCUGCUGCCAUCUGCUGACCAUGCGGAGUGUGUGUGCGGUGGUCCUGGCACUCGCCGCUGCCGCCCUCAGCUCUGCAGACUCCGACAUGCACAGGCCGAGACACGACUCGAACCUGGAGAUCUAUAAGCGGCUGUUUGAGACCAAGAGGAAAGAUCAGCUGAACGCGCUCAAGAAUCUGGUUGAGCUGAACGACAUCAACCAGCAGUACAAAAUCAUAGACAUCAUGCUCAAAGGACUCUUCAAGGUGUUGGAGGACUCGAGACAAAUCCUGGUUGCAGCCAACAUGCACCCUGACGACCCGUUCCCCAUGGAUGAUAAGAUCAAAGAAGCUUACUCCCAUGUGGUGGAGAAUACAGCAUUCUUUGGUGACGUGGCGUUGCGUUUUCCCCGUAUUGUGCACCACUACUACGACCGGAACGCUGACUGGGGAGGUCUACUACGCUGGGGGCUGAAUUUCUGUAACCAGACAGGGGUUUUCACUGGAGGAGCCCACCAACACGUACUCACACUUAUGUCACAGGAGCUGGGAAUAACAGAGAAAUCCCCAGACUUUAUGAAUCCUUACCGCACAGAGAGAGACGAUGUGCUUCACACCGCUGAGGCUUUCCAGAAGAUCCUGAGGGAGGAAGAGAAGAGGAGGAGGAAGGAAGAGAAGAGGAAAGAAAUCAGGAAAGGCCCUCGCAUCUCCCGCUCUCGCAACGAGCUAUAGCGCCGCACCUCAGUGCUGGCGGAGAGCAGAGCAGAGAAGAGGAGAAGAAGAAGAAGAAGGAGCAUACGCACAGUCCACAAGGGAUGGCUUGACUUGUAGACGCUGAUGACAGUGAAGGAAGUCAAAGCUGUCCUCACUUGUACAAAAGCAAGGUGCUCAAGAGAGGAACCCUCAAUGUGACACAAAAAAAGAAGUGAAGUGGAGGUUAGUCAGUUUCUGACAAAGGCCUGUAUUGCUGUACUUCUACAGUGAUUUAUAAUUGGAAAAUCUAACGUUGUACAAGAGGUAAAAGACGCCUCGGGGAUAAGAGUUGAUAAGGGAAACUCAUUUUUGAUAACUUAAAGAUUACAUAACUGUACUUUGGAAUAUAAUUCAUUUUAGUAUAAUAAAUUUGCUUCAAAACUUUGCAAAUACCACUGUAUUGUGUCUGGUCUAGAUUUAAUGUGUCUAAAACCCAUAUGCUUUAAAUACGUGUGGGUGCCAAAUAUAAAUUUGACUUCACCUCAUUAAAUGCAGACAGUUUCUGAUUAGGUUAAGCUUGAAAUGAUGAUGGAAUAUAGUUUUAUGUUAAUCUUUUUUUGUGUGUUUUUAAGUAAUUCUUAUUUUAUCACUGUCACAGGGAUCGUCCAUGAAUUUUCCGUUUACAUACUGUAUUUGGCAAUCUCUCAGUAGUUUUAAGUUCUUUUUACACCAGUCCCUGUAGUUGUUAGUCAAUACAAGUUAUUUUAUCCUGUUGGAAAAACUGUCAUUCACAAAUACAGUAUGUGACCCUUCAUCCUGCAGCCCUGCAUCUGUUUCUUUGUUAUGCAUAAAAAGUCGGUUGUAUAGUUGUUGUUUUUUCUGGAAAGUAACAUAUUUUAAUGGUUUAGAUCUAUGGAACUGAGAUUGAUGUAAUUUUGAAAUAGUAUUACGACUGUUAAAAAACUAUAUGUAUAUUCAGAGAAAGAAUAUCAUUGCUGCAGAAUGAACAAGCCAUUUUGUUAUUUACUGAAAUAAAGUGACUGAUAUGUACAAAGAAAA